AUGGCCGGAGGCGUGGCAACAACGGCGCCAAUCAGUGGCACCAACAGCGAUAACAUGGCCACAACAGCACAACGGCAACAUCGGCAACACCAGCAACAUCUGCAAUAUCAGCCACUCUCUAUUGGCAACGGCAACAUCUGGACAGGGGCGAUUGCCACUACCAAAGACAUCACAAACCAUUGGAUCUCAGCUUCGACUAGAAUCUCAAAUCUAAUAAUCUCCUCAAUCAAAAUGAAGGUAUUCGUCUGCUUGUUGGCUUCCUUGGCUCUGGCCAAUGCUGGUGGCUUCCGCGGUGGUGCUGGCGGUGGUGCCGGCGGUGGCUACUUGCCCGGCGGAGGACGCGGUGGUGGCGCCGGCGGCUUCGGUGGUUUCGGCGGCCGCCCAGCCAUUGGAGCUGGUCUGGUGUCCCACGUCUCGCAGUCGCAGGGAAACACUAAGGUCCACAUUGGCGGUGGAUCGGCUGGCGGCGGCUUCGGCGGCGGUGCUGGAGGUUCCUACGGCGGUGGUGCUGCCUCCUACGGCGGUGGAGCCGGCGGUUCCUAUGGAGGUGGAGCAUCCUCUUAUGGCGGCGGCCGCGGUGCCGGUGGCUGGCAAGGAGCAGGAGCUGGUCGUGGUGGUGCUGGAGGUGCAGGAGGCUGGCAGGGCGGUGCCGGAGGAGCAGGUGGCUGGCAGGGGGGUGCUGGCGGUGCCGGCGGCAGCGCCUGGGGAAACCCCGCUGAGUUCGACUACACCGUGAACCACGCUUCCAGUGCCCGUGGUGGUGCUGGCGGAGCCUACGGUGCUGGUGGUGCCUAUGGAGCUGGUGGCGCUGGUGGUGCCUACGGCGGUGGCAGCCGCGGUGGUGCUGGCUGGUGGAACGAUUAA